GAAAAUAAUGCUCUUCACAAGCUGCACUCACUUUCCUCGCCCAUCUUAAAAUAAAGUGGGGCAUUACACCAGAGGUUCACCUCCUCCUACUUCUCCACCUCCUCCUAACGGUAAACACAGUCAACUACAAACUUCUGCCGCGCGCCGCGAGUGCUCUCAUUGCAACUGCGGGACAAGUUGGGGCGAAGCGGACGUUAACGGAGCGGAGAGCAGAGCCCUGCAGUCGGGGGGUCAGAGAAUGGCGGGGCGCCGGAAUGAUUUGUGCGCCUCUUCGGAACGGCAUUUUUAAGCCGAGGAUAAUCGGCAGCAGAGGGACGUCGUUGCGUUUUGCGAAAGCGGAGAGAAAUAAAGCGGAAGCGAAGGACAGAGUUGAGGAAGGAGCCGCUCCGAAGAGACGCCGCCGCCGACGCCGCUCGUCUUUCAUCUCGAGAUGGUCUGUCAGACCGGGCUACGAUGGGUGCUCCUAAGUGCUUUCUUGUACACGGUGUCAGCCCAGGAGGCCCGUCGACGGCCAAGACAGUGUGAUGCACCUAGAUCGGAGAGUGACAUGAACUCCUUCCUGUGGACGGUGCGUGGGCGCGACCCCGCCUCCCCGCCCUCCUACCUGUUCGGCACGAUCCACGUGCCGUACACGCGCGUCUGGGACUGGGUCCCGGCGAGCUCCAAGCGGGCCUUCCACCGCAGCACCAGCGUCUUCUUCGAGCUGGACCUGACCGACCCGCAGACCAUCUCCCGGCUCACCAGCUGCCAGCUGCUGCCGCGCGGCGAGAGCCUGCAGUCGCUGCUGCCGGAGGACCUGUACCGCCGCCUCAAGCGCCACCUGGACUACGUCAAGCACAUGAUGCCCCGCUGGAUGACGGCGGACCAGCGGGGGCGGGGCCUGUACGCCGACUACCUCUUCAACGCCAUCGCCGGCAACUGGGAGCGCAAGCGGCCGGUGUGGGUGAUGCUGAUGGUCAACUCGCUGACCGAGUGGGACGUGCGCUCCCGCGGCAGCCCCGUGCUCGACCUCUUCCUGGCCCAGGAGGCCGAGCGCCUGGGCAAGCGGACCGGCGCCGUGGAGCGCGUGGAGGAGCAGUGCCACCCGCUCAACGGGCUCAACUUCUCACAGGUCCUCUUUGCGCUGAACCAGACCCUCCUGCAGCACGAGGGCGUCCGCGCGGGCAGUCUGCAGGGCAGCUACACCACCGAGGACCUCAUCAGCCACUACAACUGCGGGGACCUCGGCGCCAUCAUCUUCAACCACGACACCUCCCAGCUCCCCCACUUCAUAAACAGCUCCCUGCCGGACCACGACCGCUCCACCGCCACGAUCCGCUACUUCCCGGAGCUAUCUCCGGAACCAGAUGAACUCACCCUCUGUUUCUCUCUCUCUUCUACUCUAUCGCCAGUAUUAAUGUGUGCUUCCUCUUCCUGUUUCCCCUCAGGCCACUUCCUGGGGAACCACAGUGUGUUGGACCUUUUGCGGCAGGAGGGAUACGAGGUGGAACACACGCUUCCUGGAGAGCCAAUCACAGAACAUUCGUCGGAGCCGGAGGAGGCGACGGCGGCGCCCAGUUUGGGGACCCCUGAGGCAGUGACCCCGUGGCCCCACAGCUGGGAUACCAGCGCCCCAGGUGAGGAGGAGCAGGAGCAGGAGGAGGAGCUGCCUCACCUGCUGCUCCCGGACAGCCUGAGCCAGCUGGAGGAGUUUGGGAGGCAGAAGAGACCCCGAAAACACCAGCGCUCCCACACCCGGCCCCGCCUCUUCAGCGACCUGUGGGUCCGAAUGGAGGCCAGCACCACUCCACUGCCCAAUAUAAGGAUAACCAAUGGCUAUAUCACCGUGGAGCCUCCAAUCACACGCCAGGAACAGCUCAGGAGACCCAGAACCCCUAGCUUGGCCCCGCCCACCGUUCCUCUGGACUCUGCCUCGCCCACCGCUAGCCACGCCCUCGCUAGCCUGAUCAUUUGUCUGAUUUCACACAUGCUGCUGACCUCCUGACCACACGGGGGAGCUGUUCGCACAUCUAUUUUGACUGUCCAGAACCCCUCGUGCCCUUCACGUUGCCAAAAGGGUGAAUGAGAGGUGAGAGGGGACGUAAACCUGGAAAAGCUAGCGAGUAUUAAUGCAGGUGGCUCAAACCCUACUUCUGUCCAAGUUGUGAGAGGACAGUCAGAUCUAGAGUCGAUGCGCAUCUGAAAAAGUAUCUAAAAAAUAUUGAAGCAUUUAAGCUUGAUUCGAAGUACUUUCCCCCAAAACCAUAGAAUGUCCAAUAGAGUGGAAAAUUUAUUAAAGAAGUGAAUUUACUGAAACAAUAUGUAAGGAAAGCUAAUACACAUGUUUUGCAUCGCUGUCCAGAGAUAUUCUCAUAGAAGUCCUUUUCCCACAAAACCAUAGAGUGUCCACUAAAGUGGCCAAUUUGUUGAAGAAGUUCAUUUACUGAAACAAUAUGUAAGGAAAGCUAAUAUGCACGUUUUGCAUUGCUGUCCAGAGAUAUUCUCGUAGAAGUAAACAACAGUCUUGCACGGUAACCAUUGCUAAUUAUCUGUGCAGUUUUGGGGAAUAUCGUCUAUAUCCAAAGCUCCUUGGUUUCUUCAGAGGGAGAAGAGACGGGUAGUAACUUCCCUGGCUUUAAAGCUGUUAUAUUAUUCUCUCUGUAUGACAGACAGACUCAGGAUCUCACUUUCUCCACAAAGCUGUGGAGGCAAGUAAGGUGAGAACAGCUUUUUACGGAAUCUCAGAAAUGGACUUCGGCACCUGGCAACGUCAUCAAAAAAUAAUAUAAAGUAAAUGAAUAUAGAAAGUCAGAUUUUUCACAUUUAAAAAAAGAAGUCUAUCACCUAAGAACUUAAGAUAAGUAAUAUUGAUAUAAUAUUAAUAAGGAUUAUUAAAAUUAUCAUAGAAAAAAAAUGUAAUUCUACUAAUGACAAUAACAAUUUUAAUUAUAAUAAUAAUAAUAAUAAUAAAGUCACUGAUAUUUUAUUAGCUAAAGGAAAGGGAUCCUGCAGUUGAGGUUUUUGUAAAUUGUGCAUUUUGUUCAUAAAGAAAUAUUGUAUAUUUAUUCUUUCUUGAAGAGUAUAUUUUCAUGCAUUUGUUGAUUAUUGAGAAAUAAAAACGUGCAGAAACA